AUGGCAACCAGAGUCAGGAUGAGUUCAUUCUCUUCCUCUUCGUCCCCCUCGUCGACGUCGUCGUCGUCGUCUUCGCGCAAGUCGCGCAGGACGACCAGCAUUUCUAACGUCAUGUACACCAAUGCCGUCUACUUCCCCAACGAACGGAUAUACCAGGGCGAUACGCCUGCAGCUAUGAACUAUGGCUGCAUCAACCAUGUUUACUACGCCUUUGCGAAUAUUUCGUCCGAUGGGGGUGUUUUUUUGAGCGAUGAGUGGGCCGAUGCCCGCGCACCAGUUGACGGCGUGCAAGGCGGCCUGGGUUCCCUCAUGCACUUGAAGCAGAAACACCCACACUUACAAGUCAUCCUAUCCAUUGGCGGCGGUAAUUCAAGUGCCAUGUUUCCCUCGGUGGCGGCAAACACAUUGUACAGAGACAACUUUGCCAGGUCUGCGAGGGGUCUGGUGGAUGCUUCGGGUCUGGAUGGUAUCGACAUCAUGUGGGAGUAUCCAUGCGAUUCCGAACAGGGCCACCAUUUCCUCGCCCUUCUCGCUGCGGUUCGCCUACACAUGCCCGAGAGCCAUUAUCUCCUUACCGCCGCGCUGCCCGCCGCGAAGGCAGUUUUGCAGUACAUCGACCUCGGACAAACGGCCGACUAUCUCGACUACCUCAACUUGAUGGCCUACGAUUUUGCCGGCCCAUGGACACACAGAAGCGGCCACCACGCCCAAUUGUAUGCGAUGAGCAAGGAUGAGAACUCGGGUGCGUCGGGAAUACAAUAUCUGGUCUCGAAAGGUUUCCCCUCGCAAAGAAUCCUUCUCGGCAUUCCCCUAUACGGCCGCAGCUUUCUGCAUGCCGCUGGACCAGGUCAAAAGUUCAAGGGGGCGAGCACGUUUGAAUACCACGAACUCCCCCGUCGAGGAACGAAGGAAGUCGUGGACAAGAAAUCUAUCGCAGCGCAGUGUGUCGGUGCGGACGGCGGCUUCGUGACGUAUGACAACCCCGAUACGGUGAAGAUGAAGGCGGCAUUCUGCAAGCAAAAGAGCUUAGGGGGGCUGUUUUACUGGAACGGGCCAGCUGAUGCAAAGGACAGCUCGCGGAGCUUGAUAGCGACCGGGUUCAGAGCUCUGCACAGCUCCUGA